UUGGAGUUGGCCUUUGCAACCGGGGGAGGAAGAGGGAUAAGGAGCCAGCCAGCGACGCACGAGCAAUAAGACGAAGCCACGCCCUCCAUCUACGAACCAUCGUGACACGAGCCCUAAAAACUCUGAUUGAGCCCACCUCAUGGCCAUGGACGUCAGGCAUGGCGUAUGCAAACUGUACCGCGCGGUCUAGAAGAAGGUGAAGCCCGCGCCCGAUAUAUAGGCCGCCAUGCAGGAUGGUGCCACACAAGACACAACAUACAUCCAAUCAGCCUCAGACCUCAAGUGUCAAGACUCGAGACACAUCACUUCCCAUGGAUAAGGCGUACAUUGCCAUCCUCACCAUCGUUUUUCUCUUCCUGCUCCACUACAUUCUACGCAGGGUCAGCAAUGGCAGGCGCGGCAAGGGCGCCGUGCAGCUGCCGCCGAGCCCACCGGCCGUCCCCUUCCUCGGCCACCUCCACCUCCUGGAGAAGCCGUUCCACGCGGCGCUGGGCCGCCUCGCCGCGCGCCUCGGCCCGGUCUUCUCGCUGCGCCUCGGCUCGCGCCGCGCGGUGGUGGUGUCCUCGGCGGAGUGCGCCAGGGAGUGCUUCACGGAGCACGACGUGACCUUCGCUAACCGGCCCCGGUUCCCGUCACAGCUGCUCGUGUCCUUCAACGGCGCCGCGCUCGCCACGUCCAGCUACGGCCCGCACUGGCGCAACCUCCGCCGCGUCGCCGCCGUGCAGCUGCUCUCCGCGCACCGCGUCGCCUGCAUGUCCGGCGUCAUCGCCGGCGAGGUGCGCGCCAUGGCCCGAAGGCUCUUCCGCGCCGCCGAGGCGUCCCCCGGCGGCGGUGGCGCCGCGCGGGUCCAGCUGAAGCGGAGGCUGUUCGAGCUCUCAUUGAGCGUGCUCAUGGAGACCAUCGCUCAGACCAAGGGGACCCGGUCGGAGGCCGACGCCGACACGGACAUGUCCGUGGAGGCCCAAGAGUUCAAGAAGGUGGUGGACGAGAUCAUCCCGUACCUCGGCGCCGCCAACACGUGGGACUACCUGCCGGUGAUGCGGUGGUUCGACGUGUUCGGCGUGAGGAACAAGAUCCUGGCCGCCGUGAGCAGGAGGGACGCCUUCCUCCAUCGUCUCAUCGACGCCGAGCGGAGGAGGCUGGACGGCGGCGGCGCCGAAGCCGACAAGAAGAGCAUGAUCGCCGUGCUGCUCACUCUGCAGAAGACGGAGCCGGAGGUGUACACCGAUACCAUGAUCACGGCUCUCUGCGCGAAUUUAUUUGGGGCCGGCACGGAGACCACGUCGUCGACGACGGAGUGGGCCAUGUCGUUGCUGCUGAACCACCCGGCGGCGCUGAGGAAGGCGCAGGCCGAGAUCGACGUGGCCGUGGGCACCUCCCGGCUGGUGACCGCCGACGACGUGCCCCGGCUCGCCUACCUGCAGUGCAUCGUGAGCGAGACGCUGCGGCUGUACCCGGCGGCGCCGAUGCUGCUGCCGCACCAGUCGUCGGCGGACUGCAAGGUUGGCGGCUACAACGUGCCGAGCGGCACGAUGCUGAUGGUGAACGCGUACGCCAUCCACCGCGACCCGGCGGCGUGGGAGCGGCCGCUGGAGUUCGUCCCGGAGCGGUUCGAGGACGGCAAGGCCGAGGGGCGGUUCAUGAUCCCGUUCGGGAUGGGCCGCCGGCGGUGCCCCGGGGAGACGCUGGCGCUGCGGACCAUCGGCAUGGUGCUGGCCACGCUGGUGCAGUGCUUCGACUGGGACCGCGUCGAUGGCAAGGAGGUGGACAUGACGGAGAGCGGCGGGCUCACCAUCCCCAAGGCCGUGCCGCUCGAGGCCGUCUGCAGGCCGCGCCCGGCCAUGCGCGACGUGCUCCAGAGCCUCUGAUCUGAUGAUCCGACUUCCUUGUUAUAGCAUCAUAAUGCAUGGCCUGAUGGCGCCGUGCUGGUGUGGUCUCGUAGUAAAAUAAAUCACACGUACGUAUCAGGGUUUUGUAAGAACGAGUAGCUAAGCUAUCUAGGUAGCUAGCUUGUAGUGGUACUAAACCAGCAAUUUGUAUGAUUCAGCUUGUAUCCAGAAUGUGAGUAACUAUUAUUGUAAUUGCAAAAUGGAAAUAAAAAACUAGGGAGCGAGUACUCUUGAUUUGAGCUUA